AUGAUUAAAUUGUUUUUGUUUAUUUCAGCCAUAGGGUUGAGUUUCUAUGUUACACCAAGCAAUUGCGCUGAACCAUUUAGGGUUAAUAUCACCAAUCAAUUAACUGUUCCUAAGUCCUUAUUUCUGCAUUGCGCUUCAGGCGACAACAAACUUGGUAACCAAACAUUAACACAUGGACACAGCUAUUCAUUCCAUUUCCAUAUGAAUUUCUUUUCCACUACAAAGUUUUGGUGCUACAUGGAACCCGAUAAAUAUCAUUAUGCAAAUUUUAAUGUAUUUUGGUAUGAUUCAAAAAUACAUGAGAGGUGCGAUUCUUUUCAAAACUGUUAUUGGACUGCUAGAGAUGCUGGAGUUGAUAUAACAGAUUUAAAAGGGAAUUUUGUGCUACCUGGACCUAGCUUAACUCCACGCCUACCUUCUAUAAUUGAUGUUGGGUAUGGCUUUAUAAAAGUUCAUACAUAA